GUGUCAGACACAAAUAUGACUCUCCUUCAUUGGCUUGGGCCUUACUAAGUACUGGUAAAAAAUACUACUCAGUAGGACUAACCAUCCCCUGACUUGACCAAGAUGCAAUAUUCUUUUUCUUCGUUGUAGUUUUGGUUUUUCGAGACAGGGUUUCUCUGUUUCUUUGGAGCCUGUCCUGGAACCCAUUCUGUAGACCAUGCUGCCCUCAAACACACAGGAACCAUCUACCUCUUUCUCCCUAGUGCUGGCAUUAAAGGUGUGCUAAUUUAAAUAACACGAGUACUUUGCCUGGGACUUUGGUCAAACAAAUGCUGAGAAGCCACAUAAAGAAGAUCCCUAGCAGCUAUUUCUCAACAAUUAUAUAGUCAACUGAUGUAACAAUGGUACUAAUAUUGGGACGCAGACUAAACAGAGAGGAUCUUGGGGUGCGUGAUUCCCCAGCAACUAAGCGUAAAGUUUUUGAAAUGGACCCCAAAUCUCUGACAGGUCAUGAGUAUUUUGACUUCUCUUCAGGAUCAUCCCAUGCUGAAAACAUACUCCAGAUAUUUAACGAGUUCCGAGACAGCCGCUUAUUCACAGAUGUCAUCAUCUGUGUGGAAGGAAAAGAGUUUCCUUGUCAUCGAGCUGUCCUCUCAGCAUGUAGCAGCUACUUCAGAGCCAUGUUCUGUAACGACCACAGGGAGAGCCGAGAAAUGCUGGUGGAGAUCAACGGCAUUUUAGCUGAAGCUAUGGAAUGUUUUUUGCAGUAUGUAUAUACUGGCAAGGUGAAGAUCACAACAGAGAAUGUCCAGUACCUCUUUGAGACAUCCAGCCUCUUUCAGAUUAGUGUUCUCCGUGAUGCGUGUGCCAAGUUCUUAGAGGAGCAGCUUGACCCUUGCAAUUGUCUAGGAAUCCAGCGCUUUGCCGACACUCACUCGCUCAAAACACUCUUCACAAAAUGCAAGACCUUUGCGUUACAGACUUUUGAGGAUGUGUCCCAGCAUGAAGAAUUUCUUGAGCUUGACAAAGAUGAACUUAUUGACUAUAUCUGCAGCGAUGAACUUGUUAUAGGGAAAGAGGAGAUGGUGUUUGAGGCCGUCAUGCGCUGGGUUUACCGAGCUGUUGAUCUGCGUAGGCCUCUGUUGCAUGAGCUCCUGACGCACGUCAGGCUUCCUCUCUUGCAUCCCAACUACUUUGUUCAGACAGUUGAGGUGGACCAGUUGAUCCAGAAUUCCCCCGAGUGUUACCAGUUGCUGCAUGAAGCAAGACGGUACCACAUACUUGGCAAUGAAAUGAUGUCCCCCAGGACUAGACCACGCAGGUCUACUGGCUAUUCAGAGGUGAUAGUUGUGGUUGGAGGCUGUGAACGAGUUGGAGGAUUUAAUCUUCCGUACACUGAGUGCUAUGAUCCAGUAACAGGAGAGUGGAAGUCCUUGGCCAAGCUUCCAGAAUUUACCAAAUCAGAGUAUGCCGUCUGUGCACUAAGGAAUGAUAUUCUUGUUUCAGGUGGAAGAAUCAACAGCCGUGACGUCUGGAUUUAUAACUCACAGCUAAAUAUCUGGAUCAGAGUUGCUUCUCUAAAUAAAGGCAGAUGGCGCCACAAAAUGGCUGUCCUUCUUGGUAAAGUUUAUGUUGUGGGAGGCUAUGAUGGACAGAACAGACUUAGCAGUGUAGAGUGUUAUGAUUCCUUUUCAAAUCGUUGGACAGAAGUUGCGCCACUCAAGGAAGCUGUGAGCUCUCCUGCAGUAACAAGCUGUAUAGGAAAACUGUUUGUGAUUGGUGGAGGACCUGAUGACAAUACUUGUUCUGAUAAGGUUCAAUCCUAUGAUCCCGAAACCAAUUCUUGGCUACUUCGUGCAGCUAUCCCAAUCGCCAAGAGGUGCAUAACAGCUGUCUCUCUGAACAACCUGAUCUACGUGGCUGGUGGACUGACCAAGGCGGUGUAUUGUUACGACCCAGUUGAGGACUACUGGAUGCAUGUACAAAACACAUUCAGCCGACAGGAAAACUGUGGUAUGUCUGUAUGUAAUGGUAAGAUCUAUAUCCUGGGUGGAAGACGGGAAAACGGAGAAGCCACAGACACUAUUCUCUGUUACGAUCCUGCGACAAGUAUCAUCACAGGGGUUGCUGCAAUGCCCAGACCAGUGUCCUAUCAUGGAUGUGUAACUAUUCAUAGAUACAAUGAGAAAUGUUUUAAGCUUUAAACCCAGGGUACCUCGCAAAAGAUACUACGCCAGCCCAAGAGAAGUUUUAAAAGCUACCAAGUGAGAACACAUCUCCAUUGUGCUGUAUUCAAAAAAUAAAUAAUCCUGAUGCUUUUCCACCCAAAAUACCAGUAUUUCAAGCUGUAAUAAAUCCCUUCAUGUAACUGGGGGUGAGGCGUGUUAAAAUGACGGUUAAAGCCAGGCAUAGUAGUGAACACCUUUAAUCCCAGCACCCAGAAGGCAAAGGCUGGUGGAUUUCUCUGAGUUUGAACCUAGCCUGAUCUACAUAACAAGUUCUAGGUCAGCAAGGGCUACACAAUCAAACCUUGUCUCUAAAAAGAUAAUUUGCCUAUGAAUACACUUUGGUAUCCGUGAGAAACUAUGUGGGGUAGUAAAGGACACCCCGCUGUAAACUUCUUAGGGAUUUGUGAACUGUCUUUAAGGAAUGUUUAUUUCUUUUUUGUCAGUUAUGUAGAGAAUAAUUGUAUGGCUGAAGCUUCAUUUAAUUUGAAUUGCCUGAUGUUAACGUUUAGAACUCAUUAUGGAAUGAGUUUUAAACAUCUGUCACUGACCUUAUCCAUACUGGUUAAUUUCAGUGAAGGGUUUGUUUAUUUGUUUGUUGUUUGUUUGUUUUUCUAAUUGUAAAAAUGUAGUGACAAUUCAGCUACCCUAAAAUACCAAAUUUUGUGACUUCAUAGACUGUUGUCUGUUAUUAAAUACUUUUUGUGAGCUUUAUGUAAGAGAUAUAAAAGUAAGGAGAUUUAAAUUACACAUUAGUCCCUAAGGAAAAAAUUAAAAUAACCAGUGAAGAAGAAAAAAUGUGAUCCACUUUGGUUCUCAGGGUAUUUAAUGAAUAAUUUGAGUCCACUAAAGAAGUUCUUCCCUUGAAACUAACAGAGGAGUUGAGAUCCCUUUUACAGAGCCAGGAAGUGAUGGUGCACACCUGUCUCCAAGAUCUGUAUCCCAGGAGGUGGUGUACACCUGUCUCCAGGCUCUGGAAGGUGCAUCCAAAGAAACCAAAUUGGGACUGAAGAGCUGGCUCAGUGUUUACUGCUCUUGCAGAGAACCCUGGUUUGACUCCCAGCACCCAUAUCAGAUGGUUCACAAAGGCCUAUAAUUCUAGUUCCAGAGAAUCCAACACCUCUGGCCUCCCUGAGCACCUACAGCAUAUGGUGUACAUAAAUUCACACAGACACACAUAUGUACAUAAAAGAAAUAAACCUUUAAAAAAAAGCAAAAAUAUGUUGUAUAAUACUGCUGUAAGAAAACAAGACAGGUUUUCUGCCUACCUAGCCCAGUAGGUUGACCUUCCUAGUUUGAUGCUUUCUUGAGGACCUCUUCUCUGCCUUGUAAGCAUCAACCAGUCCUGGGAGUCUCUACACCCAAUUCCUAAUAACCUAGAGUAGAGGCCACUUUUCUCAGUGGGGCCACUUGUUUGUAAGUUAGCACUGUGCAACACUGACCAGCAGCAGUUCCAGUCUUCUGAGGAAAUCUCUUAUUUGGGAGUCAUUGUAUAAAAUAUUGGCCAACAUUUUCAAAUUUCUAUUAAAAAUUUUUUCCUCUAGGUUUUUCCACCUCUAUUUAUAAAGCUUACCAGUUUUCAAAGGGAAAUACAAAAGUUUUUUUUUGUUAGAAAUAUAAGUGGAUACAGCAGGAACUAGCAUAACUAAUUAUUGUAACUUCCGUGUGGACAGAUCACAAUUUACAAUGCUGUAGGUUAUCCCAGGUAGCUUGCUGUGUUUAACUUCCCUUGUCAGUGACUAUAGUGUCAUUAGAGUUCUGUCGAAAUUAAGGUAAUCAUCAGAAGCCUAACAUUGGCAAACUUUCUCUUCCUCAUCUUAGAGUCGUGCUUAAGAGUCGUGCUUAUUUGAAAUCUAAAUUCUGAGAAAAACAAUAGAAAAUACACUUAUCAAAUUGUUUUCAAGUCAUAAACUUUAAAUGAUAUAACUGUUAACUAUAGAAGCAAUUCAGAAAACAUUUAUCUGUCAGUUGAAAGACAGUUGUAUGUACAAUUGAGGGUAUUUGUACUGUAAUUUUAUAGUAAAUACCUGCAUUAUACUUUUGUUAGAUAAUGGAAACUGUUUAAUUCAGAAAUUCUUAACAGUAAAAUGUGUGAACAAAGAUGUUUUUGUAAAUGCUUAGGAUUCUACAAAUGAUAAUUGUUAUUCUCAUGUAUAUUUGUAAGAUCAUGUCCAUUCAGAAAUACAUCAUAUAAAAGACUUUCUCAAAGUAAAUUUGUAUUUUAGUAUUUUUGUCUAUUGUAAAAGUAUUAUCUACUUGUAUUUUGUAAUGUUUAUCUUUCAUAUAUCCUUGUGUUUAUUGUAGUAAAUUGGAAAAUAUCCUGAAAAUCUGAAUUUGUUUAAACAAAUUAAUUUUUCUUUUACGUAAUUAAAAACUACGUAAAUUGAGUAGUUGCAAAUUAUGUUAAAAAGUCACAAGAAAGUAUCUUGAAUUGUAGAAAAUUAACUUUUUAAAGCUGCCCAGUUGAUAUUUAACUUCUUUUAAUUACUUAUCUUUCUUACAUUUUAACUUCCUUUAAUUACUUUUUUCUUUACUAAUUCUUGAUAAGUGGUGGUAAGCAGCCCUGGCAUAAGAAAAAUAAUUUUAGGAUAUAAUUAGUUCAUUAAAAGGGAUGUAUCAACCAUCUUGGUGUCAGACUAUUUUCAUUCUGUCCUCCCAUAAUUGGCAGAUGUUCUUUUGGUAGGUGAUACUUAUAUGUACCUCUAAGUUAUGUGUAUAUGUUUAUAUGUAGACAGUAUGCUUGUGUACAUACAUCACAAACACCCAAUGAUUUUUGCAGAGAUAGUUAUAAGAUAAAAAAUUAGUUGAUCAUAUUCUAUUCAAUUGCAGAAGACUAAAUUUGAAUCCUUCUGGAGUACUCUUUGUUGUUGAGACAGGAUCUCUGUAGCCUGUGCUAACCUCAAACUCUUGGCAAUUCUUUGCCUUCUGAGUGCUGCAGGCACAAGUGGAAGCCAGCACCAGUUUUCUAGAAUAGUCGUUUCAUCUGAAAGUACUGAUGUGGUUGUGAGGCUCUGUGCACCGGUGUGACAGCAGUGUUAAGGGUCAGAAAGCAGGCUGCUCAGAUCACAAGAGCCGGCUGUGACCAUCUCAGUUGGAAAGAACUUGAAGGUGUGUUUUGUGGAUCAACAGAAAAUCACUUGGUUUUCGUGUGCAUUUUGUCAUGAACUUGAAAUCUUUUCCAACUUUUCUUCAUGUAUGUGACAAGGUGGCCUCAAUUCCUCCUUUUCUACUGUGCCAUCCCCACUGACUUCACUAACAGAGGAAUUGGAUUUUCCGUAGCUGUCUCGUAGAUGGUUGGGAUCCAGGUGUUUACUCCAUUUGAAUCAGGUUAAAAGAUGUAACUGCUCAGGGAGAAUGUGAGCUUGUCACUGCUGCCUGUUUGGGGUAUGUGCAAAGUGCUGUCUCUUAAAUGCCAUUCAGUUGAUGACUCUGGACAAAAAUUCUUCCAGAAGCUUCACACAUGGCUGUGGUUGUGUUUUUGAACAUUCACUCUACUUAGAAGGAUGGCAGUGCUUUGUGAACUGAUAGUCUCCUGGUGAAUAUGAAUUAUGUAUCUGCUGUUAGACUCCCACUUUGAAACUCAGGAAAGACAAAGGUUGUUUUUCUACUUUUGUCCAUGUCCAAACUGGGGUGUGUGCUGCUUUUUCCUGAUCUGACAGUAGAUUCUAAAAAUCACUUUAAGAGCCGGUGCACAAAGAAAGGAAGGGAGUUGAGGUAUCUGUGUUCCUUUAACGUCUUGGGAUGUAUGUGAAAAGGACACAUACCCCAGAUUUGAUGUGGUACCAAGUGAUAACAUAAUGUCUAGAGGUUUCCUGUGGACUGCCUUGAUUCAUAGUCAAUCCAAAACACUACUAGUUAGCAUGAUUUGGACUUGCUAGACUUAAGUACACAUAGCUGAGUAUGGCGGCAAUGCCUGUAAUUCCAGCCCUUGGGAAGUAGGGGCUGGAGGUUCAGGAGAGUUCAACGGCAGCCAUGGCUAUACAGUCAGUUUGAGGCCAGACUUCACAUAAAAUCUCAUGUCAGAAAUAAUAAUGGAAUUGUUUGGCAUUGUAUAGGAAGCUAGAAUUAUAUCACUUUACCCAUUAUUAUGUUAAAUAAAUAAACAAUUCACUAUACCACAUAACCAUAAUGAAGCAGUUUGGCUGACCUGUAAGGUAAUAGAUUUGACUCACUAAAUAUACAACAUCUAAUGCCAGGCAUCAGACACCACUCCCAAGAGUGUAAACUGAUAAUACCAGAGAUAUUUUCAAAAUAUUUUAGACAUUUUCAAGUAUUGUAUUUAUAAGGAGGUGGGAGAGAUGGCCCAACAGUUAGGAGCACUAGCUCUUCUGCUCUUGCAAAGGAUCUGGGGCGGGUUCCAGGCACCCUCAUUGGUGGCUCACAAGCAUCUGUGCCUCCACAGGCACCAGGCACACAUGUGUUGCACACACAUUAUGUGCAAACAUCAUAGUACAAGCAAAACACUCAUACACAUCAAAAUAAAUGAAUAUCAUUAAAAUAUUGUAUGUGAACCUUUUUACAUUUGUGUGAUUACCUUAAAUAUUAAGCUUACAUAGUGCCAAAGGUGAUCCUAAAUUUUUAAAAAGUGAAGUCGUAACUUCCUAUAUGGUUCCAAAGAAGUUUUUUAAUGUUUGUGCCUUGAAUCCCCAGUGCCAUUUCAGUCUGUUAAAACGAAGCAUACAUAAACUGCAGAUUUGCUCCCAGGGCAGUUAAUGCAUUUCUUAUUUUAAGUUUUCUUUUUGAAACUGGGUUUUUAUCUCUUGAAUCAGGGUCAUAUAUAACUCAGACUGGCCUAGAACUCUUUUUGUUUUGCUGAAGAUGGUCUUGAACUCCAGUUGUUCUUUCUGUAUCUCCCAAGGGCUCAGAUGAUAGCAUGUGACUAUCUGCCACACCUGACUGUUUGGGUUCUUGUCUGUGAGUUGGUUGUUUGGUUGAUUUAAUGUAGCCCUGGCUAACCUGGAACUCUGUACAUGGCCAGUCUGGCCAUGAGCAUGGCAAUCCUUCUGCCUCUGCCCUUAAAUGCCAGGAUUAUAGAUUAUAGUCCACCACACCCAGCUGCCCUGAAAUGCUUUUGUGAGUCCCAACUGUGUAGUUGCUUGGCAGAAAGAGACUGUUAAAGGAAGUUGGUUUACAUUUUUAACUCUUGGUACCUAGGUGCUUUUAAAAUUCUCAGAUAAACAACCAUUUGGCUCUCAUAAAGGUCUUUGAAAUAUCUAAUAGUGAAGAAACUGUAAUUAUUCCUGUUACGUCCUUAUAGUAGUAAUUAGUUCUGCUCUAGGCUUUUUUCUUUGAACUUUCUUGAGAAAGCACUUUUGUCUUUAUCACCCCCCUCCUGCAGUGUGUGACUUUCAGAGCUAGCUGAGGUAAGGCUUUCAGAACUGAACAGCUGUAAUGUGCUUUACUGUAACUGCUUCACGCCUAUUGCUUUCAGUUUGAAUCUUCACAAUGAAAAAAAAAAAAAA